AUGGGGCAGGAAGAGGAAGCCCUGACCGUGGCCUUCGAGUGGGAGCGUGUGGAGGGCAUGCCGGAGAGCCCGAGGAAGGCGCCGGUGGUCCUGUCGUGGGAGCUCGAGCCGGCCGUGAAGAAGCCGGUCUCGACGCUUGAAGCACGUGGUGGUGGUGGCAUGCGGGAGGGCCACAGGAAGGUGCCGGCGCUGGCGAGGCGGCUCUCGGUGCCGCCGCCGCCGGGCAGGCCGGCUGCUAGGGACUACUCGAGGGCCGUCCGGCCGGAGGACGACCCGUUCCUGGCGGCUUACCUGGCGUGCACCAAGAGCGUCGCCGACGACGGGAAGAAGAAGACCGGCGGCGCCGCGCGGGAGCCCAAGGGUCAGAGGCGGUGGGGCGUGCUCGGGCGUGGGCUGGGCGUGCUGUCCUGCAAGCGGUACAACGGCGUGAUGGAGCAGAGCAUGGUGAGGCUGGCCAAGCUGCCCGAGCUGGAUCCCAGGGAUGCUUAA